AUGGAAAGAGCAGUCCAAAAUACCCAGUUUAGCCUUGGCAGGAACAAGAAUUACCAGAAUAUUUUGGCUUUUAUCUUUGCCAUAAAUGAGAUUAACAGAAACCCCCAUCUUCUCCCCAAUGUCUCACUUGGCUUCCACUUUGUUGAUGGUUGUUCAUGUGAAGAAAGAGCUGUUGCUGGAAUGUUUGAUAUUUUAUCAGGAGGGGACAUUCCCGUACCCAAUUUUCACUGUGGUUUCUUACAUAACUUGGUGGCCAUUGUUGAUGGUAUAUCUGCAAAAGUGACAAUCCUGCUGGCCCAAUUGCUUGGAAUCAGCCAUAUCCCACAGAUAAGCUACUCCUCCUUGGACCCACUACUAAGUGAUAAAGUGCGUUUUCCUUCUUUCUACAGAACAGUCCCUAGUGAUAUCAUUCAGUAUAUGGCCAUUGUUAAACUAGUUAAAUAUUUUUCCUGGUCAUGGGUUGGAAUCUUGGUUUCAGAUGAUGAGUCUGGCUUAAAGAUGAGCCAGGUGCUAGAGAAACAGUUGACAGAUAAUGCUCAAGCCUUGCACUUGAUGUACUUAAAGGAACCAAAGGAACACAUUGAUAAACAUCAUUUUAAAGCUUGGAAGAUUCAUAAAUAUUUGAAACAUGUGCGCUUCACAAACACUGCAGGGGCUGAAGUGUAUUUUGAUGAACAUGGAGAUAUGCCUUUAAAGUUUGACAUCUUAAACUGGAUUGUCUACCCUAAUGAAAGCCUUGGUGGUUUCAGUGUUGGAAGUUUUGACUACCAGAAUGGUUUCUUUGAUUUAAAAAUUAACGAGAGCUUAAUAAAGUGGAGCACAGCUUUUAAUCAGACUCCAUGUUCAGCCUGCAGUGAAACCUGCCCUACUGGAUACAGAAAGACUACUAAAGAAGGCUAUCCUGUCUGCUGCUAUGAUUGUAUCCCCUGCCCAGAGGGUGAGAUAUCCAACCAAACAGAUAUGGCAUUAUGUUUCAAAUGUCAAGAUAAUCAAUGGCCUAAUACUAAAGGAAAUGCAUGCAUAUUUAAAGAAAUAAUUUACCUGUCAUUUGAUGAACCACUGGGUACGUCUCUGACAUUGAUUUCAAUACUGUUCUUUCUUCUCACUUGUUUAACGUUGCUGAUUAUUACUAUAUACAGAAACACAGCAAUUGUGAAAGCCAACAAUAGAAAUCUUAGCUACCUGCUACUCCUCUCACUGAAGAGCUGCUUUCUCUGCAACUUAAUUUUCAUUGGCCAUCCCAUCCAAAUGACCUGCAUUCUCAGACAAACAGUCUUUGGAUUCACCUUCUCCAUUUCUCUCUCUACCAUCCUGGCCAAGACAGUGACUGUAAUCAUUGCAUUUAAUGCCACCAAGCCAAGAACAAAACUAAGGACCUUUCUGGGACCCUAUACUUCAUACUGUAUUGUAAUAUUUUGUUCACAUAUUCAAGUUUUAAUAUCUGCUAGCUGGUUGGGAACCUUUCCCCCUUUUCUACACUAUAACAUGGCAGAUGAAGUUGGGAAAAUAAUAGCUGAAUGUGAUGAAGGGUCAACGUUGGGAUUUUGUUCUGUGCUUGGGUUCAUGGGGCUUUUAGCCUGCCUCAGUUUUAUUAUUGCUUUCUUUGCUAGAAAGUUGCCUGAUUCUUUCAAUGAAGCCAAGUUCAUCACAUUCAGCAUGUUGAUUUUCUGUUGUGUAUGGAUCUCUUUUAUUCCAGCCUAUUUGAGCACUAAAGGAAAAUACAUUGUGGCAACAGAAAUAUUUGCAAUCAUUGCUUCCAGUAUGGCUUUAUUGAGCUGUAUAUUUUUUCCCAAGUGCUUUAUUAUACUUUUAAGACCUGAAUGUAAUACUAAAGUAUAUAUAAGAAACUAG